CACGAGGCACUACGGAGCACGGCAUCCAUUGCCAGUACCGCGAACGCCACUCUCCUCGGAGCUAUCCAAGCUCGUUGCGCAAAAGAAUGGGGCCCCAGGCCCGGGGAGUCGUUAGCUUCUUGCUGGUGCCGGUGUGGUGGAGUCUGGACGGGCAGAGUCCGGAUGUUUGUAUAUCCAGCUGUGAGGGGGACAUGAUUCAAGCCUGCGGGAGGCGCGACGCGGGAGCAAGCCUCGCAGAUAGGAGCUUUGCACGGCGGCUCUCGACGCGAGGCUGGGGAGGCAAACGCCAACCAUGCAUAGCAGAUGACAUAUCGCAGCCAUGGAAGCGAGAUGCAUCCAGGUUUUGAUGCGUAAGGCUAUUGGGAGGACUAGCUGAGCAGGGCCGAGAUCUGCCCCUAGCCUUGGCCAUCGCCUGUCUUCUAGAAGGACACGGCGUCUCAGCUAGAC